UGUGACGUAGCAGUAAAGGGGACGGACAGAGUUUCCUUGAAGCUAACCGGUUGUUGACCUUGCUGCUUACCGUUGACCGAAUACAACCCACAGCGCAGAGAAAACGCGACAGGUCCAACUUUACGUGAUAGCUGGUUGAUACCUCUGUGUCCGAUGGCAGCGGUCCACAGCUCCGGUUUCAGGUUAACCAAAGAACAUUUCUUGGUUGCCGUGCCAGUGGCCGUCAUCUCGGCAGCUGCGGGUUUCCUGGUCAGCCGCUACUUGAGCAGCCGGAGCAGCAAGAAGCAUUCUGUGAACGCUUACAUCAACAAAGACAGCCCCAAAGUGGUGCACAGCUUCGACAUGGAGGACAUUGGCUCCAAGGCCGUCUACUGCCGCUGCUGGAGGUCUAAAAAGUUCCCGUACUGCGACGGCGCCCACACCAGGCACAAUGAGGAAACCGGAGAUAACGUGGGGCCGCUCAUCAUCAAAAGGAAAGACGCGUAGCGCACCGCUGGAGACGAACCUGUCCUGUCCGCCGACCCGCCCAAUCAUUCGUCAGUUCCACUGUGUUCUUCCUGCGGAUGAAUCCAGAACAAGCCAGAACACACUGCAGAUGUUCUUUCGUUUUUUUUUUUUAGUUUUUUUUUCAUAAUUC